AUUGAAAAUGCCUUUAUAUCAUAAAGAUACGCUUGAGCAAACGUAUUUAUUUGAAACGAAAUCGCCUAUAAAGGCUUUUAUUUUGACAGGGUCACUUCAACCCGGAACAACUUGUAAACACACCACAGGCGCACUGGGAUCGCAGAGUCUAAAGGUGAUGUUAAGGGCUGCUGUCAGGUGCCUUUGGUCCGCUCCUCUCUCAGGGCAUAGAAGUAUGUCUCAGAGCAGCCUUGCUGGAAAAGUAGCCAUCGUGACAGCCUCUACAGCUGGCAUCGGCCUGGCUGCAGCUCAGGCCUUGGGCAAGAGAGGGGCACAUGUGGUAGUGAGCAGCCGGCGGCAGGCCGGUGUGGACAAGGCCGUGGCCCUGCUGCAGAGCCAGGACAUCCAGGUCACCGGGACCACCUGUAACGUCGGGAAAAAGGAAGACAGGGAAAGACUGCUUCAAAUGACUUUGGAUCAGUGUGGCGGUGUUGACAUUCUCGUGUCCAAUGCAGCGGUCAACCCCUUCUUUGGGAACCUUCUUGACACCACAGAGGACGUUUGGGACAAGAUUAUGUCCAUAAAUGUAAAAGCAGCCUUCCUCAUGACCAAGAUGGUGGUGCCACAUAUCGAAAAGAGGGGAGGGGGGAGUGUCGUGUUUGUGUCAUCAGUGGCUGCUUACCAACCAAUGCAGGGCUUGGGUGCUUACAGUGUAAGUAAGACUGCCUUGGUGGGUCUGACCCGGGCGCUGGCCCCCGAGCUGGCUCAAAGUAAUGUGAGGGUCAACUGUGUGGCCCCCGGAAUCAUCAAAACCAGCUUCAGCUCCCCUUUAUGGGAAAACGAAGACAUAAUGGAUGACUUUAAAAGACAGCUGUGUAUUAAAAGAGUUGGUCAACCUGAGGAAAUAGGAGGAGUGGUCGCCUUCUUGUGCUCAGAGGACGCCUCCUACAUGACAGGAGAGACCAUUACAGUGACGGGAGGGAUCGGCUGUCGGCUGUGAUCCCUUGGCAGAUACUGAUUAUUAUCCCUGCUUAGUCGUUUGUAUGGUUUAUGUCCGGCUAUUAUAAUCAGGUUAAGGUUUCGGGUACAUUCUGUCGAAAAAAUGUCCUAUAAAAACAUUAAAUUCACAUUCAAUGGCUAGUCCUAAUUUUUUCACUUGACUGCGUGAGCAACUCCAAGACUCGUGAAAUGCUGUGCAAUAAAGGGUGAAAGUCCCUGCUAUUAUUUAUAUGACAAAUUCACCACAUGGUGGCACUAUUAUUAAACCCAUAAAAGGCUUAUUGGCUUGAAAUUUCUCACAGCUAUACAAACCAGCCACUGUAACUUUAGGUCAGGGGCAUCAAACCCGUCGCUCGCGAGCCACCAGUAGCACGCCAAAGGGUUCUAAAAUCUAUAUAUCAUGAAAAGUGGUGCGUCUUUAUGCACUAACAAGUGAGUGAAGUCUUUUAUAAGGGUCUUUUACGUGAACGAUGAGAACCGAUUCGCAGAUAAAAGCAUAUAAAAUAGCAACUAGGAAACGGUUCUUAACGUUCACGACUUCACAUAAAAGUAGGUAGGUCUUUGUCAUUGCACAAAUACAACAAAACUUUGUUUUCAGCACAAACCAGUUCAAGAUUAGACAAACAAACAGUGUACAGGGUUACAGAACAGGAACGCUGAUGAGUCGCCACAAGGCGCCCCGUAAAAGAUGGGAGAAAGGUAAACGCUGGGGAAGGAUGUGUAAAAAAGUACAAUCUAAACUGGGCUCCUAAGGGGGCCCAGUCUGGAGGGGGAAAAAACCUCCAUAGCAAAGCACAUACACAUAUUACAACAUAUAUCUCGAGACUUGCAACAGAGGGGAGGGAGUGGG